AUGUCUCCACCACUGAGCCCAGUGCUGUUACCACAACUGAGACUAGUCAAGACACCACCACAGAGCCAGUCCAACGCUGUUACCACACCUGAGCCUAGCAUAGACACCACCACAGAGCUUAGCGGUGACACCACUACAGAGCCUAUUGCAGUCACCACCACUGAGCCCAGUGCUGUUACCACGACUGACUCUGAACCAAGUGGCGUGACCACAACUGAACCAAGUGAUGUCACUACGACUGAGCCUAUUGUGGCCACCAGCACUGAAACAAGUGAUGUCUCCACCACUGAGCCCAGUGCUGUUACCAUAACUGAGACUAGUGAAGACACCACCACAGAGCCAGAACCUAUUGUGGUAACCACCACUGAGUCCAACGCUGUUACCACACCUGAGCCUAGCAUAGACACCACCACAGAGCUUAGCGGUGACACCACUACAGAGCCUAUUGCAGUCACCACCACUGAGCCCAGUGCUGUUACCACGACUGACUCUGAACCAAGUGGCGUGACCACAACUGAACCAAGUGAUGUCACUACGACUGAGCCUAUUGUGGCCACCAGCACUGAAACAAGUGAUGUCUCCACCACUGAGCCCAGUGCUGUUACCAUAACUGAGACUAGUGAAGACACCACCUCAGAGCCAGAAUUUAUUGUGGUCACCACCUUUGAGCCAAGCGCUGUGACCACAACUCAGCCUAGCGUUGUCACCACCACUGAGUCAAGUGAUUUCUCCACCACUGAGCCUAGUGCUGUAACCACCACUGAACCAAGUGCUGAAACCACUACAGAAUCUAUUGUGGUCACCACCUUUGAGCCUAGUGCUGUAACCACAACUAAGCCUAGCGAAGACACCACCACAGAGCUUAGCAGUGACACUACUACAGAGUCCAUUGCAGUCACCACCACUGAAGCAAAACCAAGUGGCGUGACCACAACUGAACCAAGUGAUGUCACUACGACUGAGCCUAUUGUGGCCACCAGCACUGAAACAAGUGAUGUCUCCACCACUGAGCCCAGUGCUGUUACCACAACUGAGACUAGUCAAGACACCACCACAGAGCCAGAACCUAUUGUGGUAACCACCACUGAGUCCAACGCUGUUACCACACCUGAGCCUAGCAUAGACACCACCACAGAGCUUAGCGGUGACACCACUACAGAGCCUAUUGCAGUCACCACCACUGAGCCCAGUGCUGUUACCACGACUGACUCUGAACCAAGUGGCGUGACCACAACUGAACCAAGUGAUGUCACUACGACUGAGCCUAUUGUGGCCACCAGCACUGAAACAAGUGAUGUCUCCACCACUGAGCCCAGUGCUGUUACCACAACUGAGACUAGUCAAGACACCACCACAGAGCCAGAACCUAUUGUGGCCACCACCACUCAAUCAAGUGCUGUAACCACCACUGAGCCUAGCGCUGUAAGCACCACUGAACCUAGCGCUGUAACCACCACAGAACCUAUUGUGUUCACCACAACUGAACCAAGUGAUGUCUCCACAACUGAACCAAGUGAUGUCUCCACCACUGAGCCCAGUGAUGUUACUACCACUGAACCUAGCGCUGUAACCACCACAGAACCUAUUUUGGUCACCACCACUGAACCAAGUGACGUCUCCACUACUGAGCCCAGUGCUGUUACUACCACUGAACCUAGCGCUGUAACCACCACAGAACCUAUUGUGGUAACCACCACUGAGUCCAACGCUGUUACCACACCUGAGCCUAGCAUAGACACCACCACAGAGCUUAGCGGUGACACCACUACAGAGCCUAUUGCAGUCACCACCACUGAGCCCAGUGCUGUUACCACGACUGACUCUGGUGCUGACACCACCACUGAAUCAAGUGAUGUCUCCACCACUGAGCCUAGCGCUGUAACCACAACUGAAACAAGUGCUGAAACCACCACAGAACCAAGUGGCGUGACCACAACUGAACCAAGUGAUGUCACUACGACUGAGCCUAUUGUGGCCACCAGCACUGAAACAAGUGAUGUCUCCACCACUGAGCCCAGUGCUGUUACCAUAACUGAGACUAGUGAAGACACCACCACAGAGCCAGGUGCUGACAGCACUACAGAGCCGAUUGCAGUCACUACCACUGAAUCAAGUGAUGUCUCCACCACAGAGCCAAGUGCUGUAACCACCACAGAUCCAAGUGCUGUAACCACCACAGAACCUAUUGUGGCCACCACCACUGAAUCAAGUGCUGUAACCACCACUGAGCCCAGUGAUGUUACUACCACUGAACCUAGCGCUGUAACCACCACAGAACCUAUUUUGGUCACCACCACUGAACCAAGUGAUGUCUCCACUACUGAGCCCAGUGCUGUAACCACCACUGAGCCUAGUGCUGUAACCACAACUAAGCCUAGUGAAGACACCACCACAGAGCUUAGCAGUGACACUACUACAGAGCCUAUUGCAGUCACCACCACUGAAGCAAGUGCUGUUACCAGCACUGAGCCUAGCGCUGUCACCACCACUGAAUCGAGUGAUGUCUCCACCACAGAGCCUAGUGCUGUAACCACCACAGAUCCAAGUGCUGUAACCACCACAGAACCUAUUGUGGUCACCACCAAUGAACCAAGUGAUGUCUCCACCACUGAACCAAGUGCUGUCACUAUGACUGAGCCUACUGUGGCCACCAGCACUGAACCGAGUGAUGUCUCCACCACUGAUCCCAGCGCUGUUACCACUGAACCAAGUGCUGUUAGCAGCUCAGAGCCUAGCACUGUCACCACCACUGAAUCAAGUGAUGUGUCCACCACUGAGCCUAGUGCUGGAACUACCACUGAACCAAGUGCUGUAACCACAACAGAACCUAUUGUGGUCACUACCACUGAACAAAGUGCUGUCUCCACUACUGAGCCCAGUGCUGUCACCACCACUGAAUCAAGUGAUGUCUCCACCACUGACCCCGGUAUUGUUACUACCACUGAACCUAGCGCUGUAACUACCACAGAACCUAUUGUGGUCACCACCACUGAACCAAGUGCUGUUACCACAGCUGAGCCUAGUGUAGACACCACCACAGAGCUUAGUGGUGACACCACCACUGAACCAAGUGGUGUCACCACAACUGUGCCUACCGGUGACACCACUACUGAACCAAGUGCUGUUAGCAGCACUGAGCCUAGCGCUGUCACCACAACUGUAUCAAUUGAUGUCUCCACCACAGAGACUAGCGUUGUGACCACUACAGAACCAAUUGCUGUAACCACCACAGAACCUAUGCUGGUCACCACCAGUGAACCAAGUGACGUGACCACCACUGAACCAAGUGCUAUUACUACGACUGAGCCUAUUGUGGCCACCACCACUGAACUGAGUGAUGUCUCCCCCACUGAGCCCAGUGCUGUUACCUUCACUGAGCCUAGCACUGUCACCACUACAGAGCCUAAUGUUGUCAUUCCAACUGAGCCUAUCAUGGCCACCACCACAGAACCAAGCACUGAGCCUAUUGUGGCCACCACAACUGAUCCAGGUGUUUCCUCCACCCUUGAGCCUAGCGCUGUCCCUACCACUGAAACAAGUGGAGUCACUACGACUGAACCUAGUUUGGCUACCACUAUUGAACCAAGUGCUGUCUCCACAACUGAUCCUAGUGCUGUCUCCACCACUGAGACUAUUGUGGCCACCACCACUGAACAAAGUGCUGUUACCACCACUGAACCAAGUGAUGUCACUACGACUGAGUCUAUUCUGACGACCACCCCUGAACCGAGUGAUUUGACCACCACUGAACCAAAUGCUGUUAUCACAACUGAGCAUAGCAUAGACAGCACCACAGAGCCUAGUGCUGACACCACAACUGAGCCUAUUGUGGCCACCACCACUGAACCAAGUGUUUUCACUACCACUGAACAAAGUGCUGUCACCACGACUGAGCCUAGUUUGGCCACCACUACUGAUCCAAGCGCUGUUAUUACCACUGAGACAAAUCCUGUCACCACCACCACCACCACCACCACCACAACUAUUGUGGCUAUAACCACUACAAAACCAGGUCCCUGUGACUUGAACCCUUGUCCUCCAGAAAGCACCUGUGAGGAGCGCUUUGGCAACCACACCUGUUUGUGUAGGCCGGGGCUGUUCUACAGUGAAGAGCUGAAAACCUGUUCUCUUGCAAAGACUUUCCCCAGCGAUUUAAGAUUUGAGGCAGAAUUUAAAGUCGAUAUGUUGGACAAGACUUCAAAAGUAUUUAGAGAAACGGCAGAUGAAAUUAUUGAUGGGAUCCGGAAAACUUUUAGUAAACCAGAAUUCCAUUUAAUGGGAUAUGUUGGAUCUACAGUUUUAAGUCUUAGGCAAGGCAGUGUAAUCGCAGACGUGCAGAACUUUUUUGAAGUUGCAUCAGAUGUCUCCAGUGAGUCAGUAAAAGAGGCAUUAAGCAAUGUAACUUUUAACGGCAGCAACGCAGAAAUUGUCGAAUUAAGGGACACAUGCUCUAUAGGAUAUUGUGAGGCGAAUUCCACAGAUUGCUCCUCCAGAAAUGGCCUUACCUCCUGCACAUGUAAAGCUGGAUAUAUAAGGUUGCCAGCAACGGACCGGGCCUGCUUUGCCUGUCUGAGUGGUGAGAAAGCAGUCAACUCAGACUACUGUGAACCAUGUCCUUUUGGUUAUUCCGGUUUCAACUGUAAUGAGUCAUAUCUCUUGGCUGUGGUCAUUGUCUCCACUGUACUGGGAAUACUGUUGCUCGCUGGUCUGGUGACUGUUAUAGUUAUGCAGAGUUUAAGAUGGAAAAAGAAAGGCAGCUUAUCUUUAGAUGAGCUGAGAGUGUUCGGUGAUAUGGAGUCCAAUAAACCGCCAAGAAUUCCCAGAAUCACAUGGGCCAACCUCGAUUUUAGCUGGCAAUCAGCCAAUCUGGAAACAGCAAACAGUGGAAGCACAAAUGCUCUGGUGAACAAAAAUGAGCCAGUAAUAAUACAGAUGGACAGAGACGGGAAUUUGAAUGUUGACAGAAAUCAGUCUAGGGCCAGCCCAGUGAGUAAUGGAUCCAGGGGCACAAGUAACCCACAAUUUAUUCCUGAUGACGGCAGAAAUCUCCAAUAUUAAUGCUGCAUUUAAUGCUGCAUUUAAUGCUAAAUAGGAAACAGGUGGGCCAAAAUGUUAACAUGCUGAAAAAAAUUGAGGCCCUUUUAUAUUAAAUUCUAAAAAAAAAAGAAGUCAAUGAAACUGUGCUUAAUAGGCACAAGGCGUGUCGCGAUGCUCAUUGCUAUUUUUUCAUACCUUGCGCCUGCAUUGUUUAAGUACCAAAGAUGCUUAAUAUCUCUACACUGAUGUGCGCCACUGUCUAAUUUAAACUCCAUAGUUAGUUGUCAGACAUUCACUGCUAUCUUGGCAACUCAAGUGCCCCCCGCAUGCUCAAUGCGCAUACACUCCCGUUCUUUACACACACACACACACACACAAGGACACGCUGCAGCACGCAAACCCAAUAAUAAACAGAAUAACAAGCAAACCCAAUAAUAGACAGAACAAUAAACAGCAUACUAAAUUAAAUAACAUUGCUGUUCCCGUAAAUGACCCGCUCGUGCACCUUCAAAGCGAAAAGGCGCAGGUCAGUUUCCUCUGCUGAGAAGCACAGAGUGCACCUGGCUCUUAAAGGGAAUGGCAAGUGACAUGCUGAUUGGUUUAUUUCACGUUACGCCCAAAACACACCCAUGAUUAAUUACGAUAAUUAGUUCAGGCAUAUUGUUUGCAUCCACACGAUUGCAAAGACACACCGACAUGCCCUAAAUCAAGCUUUACCCCUAGUCUUAAAGGUAUGUGCACAUAUAUAGAACAAAAAGACUGUGUGUAUAUUUGUAAAUUAUUGAUGUUAAAUAUUGUAAGACACAUGUACAGAAUUGUAAUGCAUUGUCUAUUACUGGUUAAAUUUUAAAUUGACCAAAAAGUGAUAGAAUGAAUGUCAAACUUUCAGCAGUAAAAAUAAGAUUUCAUGUGAGUGUUUAACCUGUUGAGCAUGUCUGAGCAACACAGUUCUAUUUAUUUAUUUAUUACUUUGUUUAUUUAUAUGCUAUUUUUAGAUAAAACUGAACGUUGCCUAGACUGGAUCUCAGGUAAAACAAUGAUCAAGAUAUCUGUGCAUUCGUAUGAGACACUGUAACAUGAUGUAGGCAUUGUAAUAUGUAUCAAAGUCUGAGGAAUUCUGUGGAAGAGGUGAGCUUAAGUUUAAAUAAAAUUAUGAAAAUUAAAGAAUA